CUGCGUUUGUGUUGUGUCCAAAAUUUUGGCUUUAUUUUGCGAUUUUACUUACGGCAAUGUGUUUUAAAAUAUAUACUCCGACUUUAGACCUUAGUGAUGCUAUCCACGGCAAAUAGUAAAGUGAAAGGUUCAAGGGUGCCGGAGAAUAUUGAAAAUUCAGAUCGGGAUGAUUUGGGACAUGAAAACACAACGGACGAUAAGGUCAGAGGUUAUGUUGGCUCAUAUGAGGGGUCUUCGUCAUUCGGAGGUCCUCGAGAUCCGCGUUUCCGGUCUCGCGGUCGUGUUACCGAGUUCCGCCACUCCCGGGGCGGUGGCCGGGGUGGUCCCCGCGGCCGCGGCGGUUUCCCGCCACGACCGACGUUCGAUCGCGACGAAAACUCUUACAAGUAUCACGAACCGCUAGGGUCGACAAACAGCGACAGCUGGUCGCAAGGAAACAAUAAAUUCUACGAUAGGUCGGACUUAGUAGUCAAUCUUCCUGAGGACCCUCGUAUAUCAAAGCUUUUACGUCGACUCUGCGCUGAAGUGGAUGUGGAAAAAUCACUAGUUAUUUGCAGCAAAUUACAGGAUGCUGUGAUGCUGCCAGAAAAUGCACGCUAUAUCAGAAGAUCUUAUGAUAUCUUAGUAGAAUCACUUUUGGAUGUACUUUACGAUGCCCCUAGUCCUGAAACAAAGGAGAAUGCGGCUGUGGUUUUGGGCAGGAUUGGGUUUGUUAUGGGCCCUGAUUUCAGGAAACACAUAGAUUGGAUUUUAUCCACAUACUCAGUGCACAACACUUCAAUCAAGCACUUGCUUGUACUUUCAUUCACUGAGACUUUUCAGCUUGACUAUCAAACUCCUAGCUUGGGUGACUUUGCCGAAACAACAUUGGAGAAGCUUCAAGGUAUCAUUGAAGCCACAGACUCAGCUGAUGUAUUCAUGGCAGCUAUUAAUGCUAUGAUAAUGAUGUCCAACUCCUACCCUGAAAAUUUUGCUAAUCAUUUUGUUGACACUGUAGACAUAUUGGUGGGCUGGCAUGUUGAUAAUGCUCAACCGAAUAAAAUAAGGGAAUUUGCGCUGCAGUCAUUAUUUAAAUUAAGCCGCCACUGGCAAGCAGAUGUUGGAUUUUCAGUCAAUUUACUCAAUCAAUUUGUUGAAGACAUGGUGGCUUACUGUCAUGAGUUGGAUUCAAAUAAAAGUGAUAAAGAUGGGGAUGCAAAUUCCCAUGAAGAAUGCAUGCAAAAGAUUGCAUCUUUUUUGAAUGUUUUCAACACUGUUGUGAAAAGUUUAGGGACAUUACUAAACCCUAAUGUUUCUCAAGCAGUUUCAUGGUCUUUCUUGACGGACUCACUAUCAAAAGUUCUACAGGUUAUGACAGAUGCGCUUAAGGAAGAUGCUAAGUCUGAGCUUAUAUUUGCAGGCAAUGAUUGCAUAAUGUUACUUAUAAAAUAUUUACAGAUGAAAUCAACUUCUUGUCUUUCUGCACUGUUUGCUUUGAUGUCUGUUGAAAUGAGUACUUACUUACAAGCUGAUGAAAAGCUAUGUCUCAGCAUAAUAAAUCUGAUAUCAACAGCAAUAAAAGAAAUUGCAUCUAACUUAACACUGGAGUUUAUAACACAAGUUAUUGGGCCACAGUCUCUGUUACGUUCGUUACGCUUCUCUGAGAGUGGUCAGGUUUUGACUGGUGUUAUGUCCAUUUACAGUAAUUUACUCAAUUUGAAAAACAUUCCCCUUUUGCAAGAGGCAUACAAAUAUGUUUUGACAGACAUUCAAAAUUCAUAUACUGUUAUAUUACCACAUAUACAGAUAAUACAAGUUCAGUACACAGAGACAAUUAGCGAAAAUGAUGCAGAGAAGAAUGUUAUAUUCUAUCUUCAAAGUUUAUCUGAGCUGGCAAAUGCUAGUAACUCUAUUAUUGGCAUGUGGGCAUUGCAGCCAAGCAUUUUAGAACUACUCGCCAUAAAGAUGUGUCCGCAUGAUGAAGUUUUGAUGAAAGAGAGACCUGCUCUGCAAUAUGCAAUACUAUACCUUUUGUAUUCCCACUGUAAGAAAAAUAAUCAUUUUAUAGCCUCAAGUGACCUAGUGAUGGACUCUCAACAGAGAGCAAAUGAUCUAUUUGGGUUAUCAAACCUUACUCUAGGAGAGGUAUCUAGUUCCAGUCCUACAUCAGGCCAUCUAGCAGUCAUAUUAAACAUACUUAGUAUUGUGCUGGACGACCAAAUGCCUAAUGAAAGCUUAAUCCUUGUUUUGACUUGGGUGGCGGAUAUAUUUCGUCAAUUGGAUAAAUACUUGCCUAUAGUCAAUAUGUCAGAAGGUUUCCAUGUUCUACUUACAAAUAUGCUGACCCUAGCAUAUAGUUUUGACAGCGAUAUAGUUUUGCUUGUAAUCAAAAACUUCCAUUUUCUACUGAAGAACAAAAACAUGGUAUUAAAUAUGCUCCUCCUCAAAACUAUAGCAGUUUUAUGUACUUUACACAUUGAUAACCAAAAUAGAGCUUUGUCAAAUCUGUGCAAGGAAGUAUUAUUUGAGCUUCCAUGGGAUAUAGUUCAGCAGGAACUUGAUAAGCAAACUGUUAGGAUAUUUACCAGCCGUAAAUUUACUCAUAUGAUUAUAAACUGUGACACAAAGUUAAAUUCAUUUAAAGAAUACCUAAUGAAAGGAUCAUUCUCCAUGCUACCUAAUCAUCACUUCAAAGCUAUAAUUAACUGCCUUACACAAAUUAAUCUUGAUGAAAAAGAUUUCCUGCUUGACAUUUUCAUAUCCUCUUGGCCAGUACAGAGUUAUGAUGCAGAUGAAAAUAAUUUAAAUUUCUUCAGACAGUGUGUAUCAAAUUUCUCAUCUGUUCGCGUUAAUUGGGCUCUCUCAGAGUUGGCACACACGUGUGUAUCAUUAAAACUUCGAACUGUACUAGGCAAGCCCCAAGAGACUUUUACAAAGAUAGAAGGAACCUUAAAGGGAGUUGCAAGAGAAAUAUCUUCUGCUGAAACAAAAUAUAUUGCUAAAGAACACAAACAACUACUGAAUGUGGUUAUAGCAGAACAAGUUCGCUCGCGUUGGCUUAUUGAAUUUAUGAUGUUUUUGGAGAAGUACACUUACAAUGCUGCUGAAGGCACUGCCACUGUUCUCCCAGCAGUUGCAAAACCCGCUAAGACAUUUUUUCACACCAACUGGCCCACAUGUCGAGAAUGGUUAAAUAGAGUGCGUCCUGCAGCACUUGCAGUCAGUGUUUAUGGCGGAAAUUAUGGAGCAGCGAUAUAUCAUGCAUCACUAAUAUUGCAAAACGCUGCAAGCUCAAGCACUAAUAUUGAUAUAGAGGCUAUAACAAUGAGUGUAUCCCGAGUCCUCAUUAAGAUCAAUGAACCAGAAGUUCUGCGUGGCCUAUAUGUUUGGAUAAAACAAAAGUUUGCCCUUAAAUUACCAUGGUUAAAAGGAGCAGCCGAACAAGCAAAUUCACGUUUUGAAAUUGCCACAGACUUCUACAAAGUUUUGUAUGACGAAACUAAGAAUGAUACUGAUAAUGACAUCAAAACUCCUCUGUCGGACACAAAAGGACUUAAAUUUGUAAACGAGCAAAUAUAUGAGAGUUACAAGAAUAUUCAAAGUUGGGAAGAUAUGGAACAAUGGAAAGAAAUCAAACAGGGAUGUGGCUAUAGCUCCAAUUGGGAAUCUUUAAUAGAUCUAAAACAAUUUGAUGAACAUAACGAGAUUCCUGUCUUAGGAGAUUGGAACAUUCUUAAUCCUGAAGCCACAGAUAUGUCAAAAAAUACCUCUUCAUUUCAGGGUCUUUUUGAUAAGAUUGAGACAACAUUGAUGUUUUCUGCAAUAAACUUAUACAACAAAGAUUAUGAUGACAAAUAUAAAGUACUAUUAAAUGACUGUGAAUAUUUAUUAAAUAAUAGUGCAGAAGAAUUCGCUAGGACCAACGCCGUCCACUUUCUGAAAGAUAUUUCUGUAAUGCAGUUAGCAAACCAGGGAUUGUUGAACAUCUUAAAAAAUGAAAAGGCUAGUCCCAACCCAUUUAAACCAUCAGCCUUGAAGGAAAAUAUUUAUGGAACCGAAUUGAAAAAUUUAACGCGAGUUUUAUGGUGGCAUCAGUAUUUUACGAAAUUCAAUAUGACUGACGAAAAUGUGUUUUACAGUGAAUGUCUGCGACUAGACGUAAUAAGAAGUGCAAGAAAGAAUGCCAACUCAGAAAUGUGUAAGAGAGAGCUUCUGAAACACUUUAAAAAUAAUUCAGCUUUUCAGUUAUGUUUCACUGUCAACAGCUUAGAAGAAGUAAGUGAUGUCCUUCUGUUGUCCAACACUACGUAUGAUUUAGAUAUAUGGACACUAAACAAUGCCACUGCAUUAACAGAACUCUGUAAAGUUACCUAUGCCAGGGAAGAUUUAAAACUGCAAGCUAUUAACCUAUGUGCAAGUAUAUCUCUAGGGUUUUCGCAAAGAAUAGCACUGGGCGAGCAAAGCUACGAGCUCCGGGAAAAAGGUACGAGAAUGUUAUUGACUCUCUCAAAAUGGGUGCAAAAUGAAAAUGAAAAUAUUUUAGUCAAAGAUUCACACUUAAUGAAACUGAUUGCAGCAUUACCAGAAAUUGGUUUGGUAGAUAAUAACAUCUCAGUAAACGUUAUUCCGCUAACUGACGCUGCCGUUGGUAAAUUGCUGCAGUUUGGAGUUAAUCAGUGCCCUGGUCUAGCAAAAGCUUGGGCCAGUUUCGCCGCUUGGUGUUUUAGGUGGGGCCGUAAAAUGGUCGAAUUCAGCUCUAAAACUCGGGAGCAACUCACAGAUAAUGAUAAGCUCCAGAUAGAAAGUGUUAUGAUUGGAUGUUCACCACAAGAUUUUGAAGCAGUGUGUGAAAUACUAUCGAAAACUAAGGCAACAUGUGAUGAAGAAGAUAUUGAUUGGAAUGAAAUUAACACAUCUGAAAUGAUUGAAAGUCAAUUGCGUACAGUUCCAUCAUUGAACAAUGCUUUCCCUGAACAUCUCGCUUUGCUCGUUGACAUCUGGCGUCAAGCUCAAAAAAGGGUAUUUUCAUAUUUCGAAUUAUCAGCAGAUGCUUAUUUCAAGUUUUUGCAGUUGAUAUGUGCUUCUGAUUACAUAAAUCAUAGCGGAGAAAACGCUGUCGUCACUGCGACCCUCAGACUUCUCCGGUUGAUUGUUAAACAUGCUAUGGAGCUACAAACCGUCCUCGAAUCAGGUUUAGCCAAUACCCCUACUCAACCAUGGAAAGUUAUCAUUCCACAGCUAUUUUCAAGACUUAAUCACCCGGAAACAUAUGUCAGAAAAUGCGUUUCUGACUUGUUAUGUAGAUUGGCAGAAGAUACACCGCAUCUUAUCACUUUUCCCGCAGUAGUAGGCGCAGUGGAAAAUGAACAAAACAGUAUAACAGACUUACACGUACCAAGAUCCUUCUUGUCCAACGACGACGCCGACAGUGAUGACGACAAUUUGGAAUUGGAAGACACCACCAGCGACAAAGUGGUAAACAAUGAAUUGAACUCUUGUUUCUUAGAUAUGGUGGAAACAUUGGCAAAACAGGCUCCAAAAACCAUUUUACAAGUUAAGCUAUUGGUUAAAGAGUUACAAAGAAUAAACUUACUAUGGGAUGAAUUGUGUCUAGGCACGCUUGUUCAACACCAUUCGGAAUUCAGCAAACGACUAACUCAGUUGGAAUCUGAAAUCGUAAAGGUGAAAAAUAACACAAAUCUUACACCCGAAGAGAAAGAAAAACUUAUUAAAGAAAAACAUCGUAUAAUAUUCGAACCCGUCGUCUUUGUUUUGGAGCAGCUCAAUCAAAUAACUUCGGCUACACCCGAAACACCACACGAAACAGCAUUCCAGGCUAGAUUCCAAAGUAUAAUUGUCGAUGUAAUUGAUAAAUUAAAAAAUCCAAUUAAUCCCGAAAAACCCCAAGAAUCAUGGGCACCGUUCAAACAACUGCAAAUUAAGCUACAGCAAAAGGUUAAUAAGAGGACAUCUUACAUUUUGAAAAUGUCCGAUAUUAGCCCUGUGUUGGCUGAUAUGAAGAACACAGUUAUUACUAUGCCGGGCCUACACACAAACCAACGUACUGUGAGAAUCACGAUAAAGUCAAUAGAAAACAACGUUGCUAUUUUACCAACCAAGACGAGACCUAAGAAGUUGGUGUUUUACGGAUCCGACGGUAAAUCCUACACUUACCUGUUCAAAGGUCUCGAAGACUUGCAUUUGGAUGAAAGAAUAAUGCAGUUGCUAUCUAUAACGAACACCAUGUUAGCACGUGAUUCUGAAAAUAAUGAUAAUCAAACAUACAGAGCUCGCCACUACUCUGUCAUUCCUCUCGGGCCACGAUCGGGUUUAAUCAGUUGGGUGGACAACGUAACGCCUCUAUUUGCGUUAUACAAGCGCUGGCAAAAUCGUGAAGCAGCCAUGCAGUCGGCAAAAACUAACAAACCAGUUAACGUUCUCAGACCUUCCGAGCUUUUUUACAAUAAGCUCAAUCCGUUGUUGAAAGAAGCUGGCGUAUCUACGGAGAAUAGAAAAGAAUGGCCGGUGUCGAUCUUAAAACGAGUUUUACAAGAGCUCUCCGCGGAGACUCCGAACGAUUUGCUGUCCCGAGAGCUUUGGUGCAGUAGCGUGAACCCCGAACAGUGGUGGCAAAUGACGCGUCGCUACAGUUAUUCCGUUGCCGUGAUGAGUAUCAUCGGUUAUAUUAUCGGUUUGGGGGAUAGACAUUUGGACAAUGUGUUAGUGGACUUGACUUCUGGUGAGGUGGUGCAUAUUGACUAUAAUGUGUGCUUCGAGAAGGGGAAAACCUUGCGCGUGCCGGAGAAGGUGCCGUUUAGGAUGACUCCAAACCUGGUGACAGCCCUCGGCGUGACUGGAGUUGAGGGCAUCUUUCGGCUGGCCUGCGAGCACGUGGUUCGCACGAUGCGACGCGGGCGGGAGACUCUGCUGACCCUGCUAGAGGCCUUCGUGUAUGACCCCCUAGUGGAGUGGGGGGGCGGCCGGCGGCGGCGCGGCGUGCGGCACGUGCGUGCUGCUCGGGCCAUGCUCGCGGUUCGGGUGCGCGAGCUCAAGCACACCGCUAGCGAAGUCACAGAUCAACUUUUGGCCAUACUUCCCGAUGUUAAACAAAGCGCAGAGAAAUGGUUAGAAGAAAAUGAGGAGUUUAAAAACAUUGAAUCAAAACUUCAAUUGUGUCAUCAGCAAAUGGCUCUAAUAAAAGAAAUAGAAGCCUACGGUAACAAUCUUAACAAUCAUCCGCUACACUCUAUUUCCCAAAAGUAUACUUCGUACAAACAAGCCAAGAAUGCUGUCGAGGAUUCUAUGAAAGCCCUCGUUAAGAUUCUUAAGGACUUUGAUACACAAAUUGAAACCUUUUCCACUACUCAUGACGUCUUAAAUGGGCCGCAAUUGAUGGCGUGGGUGCAGGAAUUCUCUGGCCCGCAAGAAGAGGACGAUAUUCAAAUAUUUGAACAUAUAAAAGAGUUUUUAACGAAUGCAGGACAGAGUUCAAUGAUAUCCCAAUGCGAACAAGCUGAACUCGAAUUAAACCAAAGCCUGAAGCAGACUAUUCUUCAAAUUAAAUCAUGCCUCGAUCUUCUUACGCAAUAUGUCGCAGUCUCCCAAUAUUACCCACAAAGUCAGACAGAGUAUCACCGCAUAGUGGUAUUGCGUAAAUAUCUCGCCACGGCCAUAGAGAGCAAGUCACCUGAAGUGUGUCGCGAAGUGUCCAAUCAGGUUACAGCUCUAAUCAACUCUGACUCUAAUUGUGGCGAUUCGCAACAAAUCGUCGCUUACAACUUCCGUUUGCAACAAAUAAAUACUGACGCUACUGCGCAUUUGAACAAAUGUGUUGAAAAAUUGCAACAAGAGGGUGGCCCAGAGGCGAUUACUACAGCACAAGACGCUUAUGCGGAGGCUAAAAACAAUAUCAGUAAUUGGGUGCGGACAGAGGAAGGUGCUGCAGCGGUGUUAGAGAAUGUCGUGAUUGGAAUGCUGUGCAGUUUAAAUAGACGAUAUCUUAUGCUUGAAAAUGGAGCGCAAAGUGCAGGCGAUUGUCUGGUAGAUUUGACUUCUAUGGAAGGAGAAUGGUUCCUCGAUGAUAUGAGUUCGUUAUCAAUGCAAGCAGUUGAGCUGCUGUCUCUUCUGCCUCUACAAUCUGCAUCAGUAGAAGACUCCGCUUUACCCGUUGCUGUCGAAUGCGUCAGAAAUGCUAACUUACUCCUAGCAGACUUGGUGGAGUUAAAUUAUAACUUUAGCACUAUUAUCCUACCUGAGGCACUCAAAAAAGUGCACUCGGAAGAUCCUUCUGCAUUAUUAAUGAUAAAUGAGCUGAAUAACGUGAUACUGACUACACCGGUGCCGUUGAAUGAUUUAUUGGCACAACUGGAAAUACACUUCAGAUACCUUGUGAUGGACAUGGAGUCUCCCGCAGCUAGUGCCCCACUCAUCGCAGCAAAACUGCGGUCCAGAUACGAAGCACUGCUAUCCUCAACAUCUGAAGCGGACAGCCAAUCGGCGGGGCGCAUGUUGUUGAUGGGCUUCAACGGGCUGUUCGCGGCCGUGGAGCUCCGGAGCCGUGAGCUGGCGGAGCACCUGGCUGCGCCCACGCCCCCUGCGUGGAGGAAAAUAGACCACAUCAACGACGCCAUGCGGAUGUCGGCGGCACUGCAGAGUCCGGCGCUGCGGUCGGUCCUGGAGGACAUCUUUAUCGUUCGGCGCGUGCAGACCGCGGCGGAAGUGUUCUCUCUAUGCGCACAGAUGGCGUGCGUGUUCCGCGGCGCGCCCGCUAACGCGCCCGCCGCCCCGCCCUCUGCCAUGAUGCUGGACGACGCCGCACUCUGCAAGCCCGUCAGGAGGUACACGGCGGAGUACGUGUCGCGCUGCGUGCUGGGCGUGCACUCGGCGGCGCUGGCGGCGGCGCUGUGCUUGUUGCUGCGCCGCGCGCGCCUCGACCUGCACGCCGAGGUGGAGCAGAAGGAGAUCGGCGCAUCGUGGAGCGUGUCGCUGGAGUCGCUGUGCGAGAAGGCGGCCGUGGUGGGGUCGCCGCGCUCGCGCGCGCGCGCCGGCGCACUGGCGGCCGCGCUGCAGGCGGGCCGCGCCCGCGCGCACCGCGCCGCGCUACUGAGCCGCGCCGCCGAGCGCGCCCGCGCCGCCGCGCGCGCCGCCCGCCUGCGCGCCGCGGCGCACGCGCAGCUGCACGCGGAGGUGCUGAGCGGCGGCGCGGAGGCCAGCCCGCAGCUGGCGCGGCGCGCGCGCGAGCUGGGCGCGGCCGCCGAGCGCCUGGACGCCGCCGCGGCGCGCGCGCAGACACUCGUCACCGCCGCGCACCAGAGGGUGAAGUGGGGCGCGGGCGCCAACCCCGCGCUGCGCUCCGUGGUGCGCGCGCUGGAGGGCGGCUGGGCCGGGCGCAGCGCGUGCGCGCGCGACGUGUGCGCCGCCGCCGCCAAGCUGGCGCCGCACGCGCGCGUGGCCGCCGCGCUCAGCGCCGCGCCCGCCGCCCGCGCCGCCAAGGCCGCGCGCGCUGCCAAGGCCGCCAAGACCGUCAAAACUGCGCUCGCGCACUGGGAGAAGGCGUGCACGUUAGCGCAGAAAUACUCCCUGGAGGUAUCGCCCACGGAGGAGUCCCUCAUGGAUAUGCUGCACCCAGAAGGAAACAUCGACACGCAAUGGGUGGGCAACGUGUCGGCGCUGGUGCGCGAGACGGCCAGCACGAUGAAGGAGACCCGCGUGGCGGCGCUGGCCCGCCUGGAGCAGGCCGCCGGCUCGCUGCGCGGCGCCGCCGACCGCCUGGCCAACGCGGCGCUGGCGCGCGACUGCCUGCUGGCCGAGCUCAAGGCGCCGCUACAGGCGCUCUUGCAGCUCAACGACGGCGACAACCCGGCGCAGCAGUUCUCGGCGCUGUGGCGCGGCGUGUCGGAGCACAUCGAGUGCAUCUCGGGCGAGCCCGACGCGGAGGCGCGCGUGCGGGCGGCCGCGCGCGCCGCGCGCUCGCUGCACGCCGACCUGCCGCGCCUGCUGCGCCUGCUGCUCGAUCUCCCGGGCGGCUCGGCGGACACCAACCGCAAGCUGAUGAGACAAGCCGCGCUCUCUAGAGCGACUACGAGACACGUGGGAGAGCAACGAAGUGCCACCGGUGCGGGAGUGUGGAAGCGGGUGCGCCUCAAGCUGGAGGGCCGUGACCCCCCCGCGCGUAGACCACAGCCUCAAGACCAGGUGGACUACAUAAUAACGGAAGCGAUGAGCGCAGAGAACCUGUGCCUGAUGUACGAGGGUUGGAUGGCGUGGGUCUGAGCGCGGCCGCGGCCCUCCCGGCCCUCCGGCCCACGGCCCACGCCCCCGGCAA